AUGGAAUUAGAGAUAAAGUGCACAGAACAGCAAUACACCGCGAUUACGAGCGAUUUUAGCCCCGACACCUUGCUUGGGAUCAAGGCCGGACCUGGAUCUGGCAAGACCAGAACGAUCGCCAGCAGAAUUGCGCACCUGCUCAGCACGCAGUCGCAGAGCGGGAUGAGGCCAGAUAACCUGCUAGUACUCAGUCUCACCAACCGCUCGGUCAACGAUCUUCGAACGCGACUCCGUGCUGUUCUGGGGCCCAUGGCUGUCCAGAUACCCGUCAUGACGUUCCACUCGUUCGCAGGCAAGGUGGUAGGGUGCAAAUACACUGACUGGAACAUUUUGGAUGACGACGAUCUCCGCAGACUGGCCAGGUUGGUUGACAUGGGCCGCAGCGCAAGCUCUGUGGCGGAGUUGCGAUCGCACUUGCGCGACGCGCGUCGAUCGUCCAACAACGUCGCCGUGGUGGCACGCAUCAUGGAGAUGUUUGGGUCGACGCAGGUUUUCACCCACGACGACGUGUUGGAGGAGUGUUCCAGCCUGCUGAACUUGCCCCCCAAAUUUGUUGAGAACUACAAGGUUGUCUUUGUCGACGAGUUCCAGGACGUGUAUCCGGCAAUUAUGAACCUGGUGCUUCAGAUCAGCAAGGGCCGGCAUCUGACGCUUGCCGGGGACUCUGACCAGUCGAUCUACGGCUUUUUGGGAGCAUCAUUCAAGCAAAACUGGGAGAGACUGAUGGAACGGCACCCCAAAGCCAAAAUCGUGCACCUGAACCAGUCUUUUCGGUCCACGCCCGAGGUGCUGCAGUUUGCAAACGCAGUUUUGGGACACAGCACUCCCAUCCACCACAGCGUGAAGCCGCCAUGCGGGCUGUCUCCUCUCCGUCUCUCUUUCGCGUCUCCUGCCGAGGAACGCGAAUUCAUCUACGACGAAGUUACACGACUGGUGGACAUCUCUGAGGGCGCCAUAAAGCCUUCCGAUAUUGCGAUUUUGAGCUACACGAACCGCGAAGUCGACUCGGUGCUAAAAUAUUUCAGCGAACGGGGCCGCUUCGGGCUUUGCAAGCUCAACAGCAACCCACGCUGGCUCCAGAGCCCGUUGUCGUUCUUGAUGCAGUAUGUGCGCGUGCUGGUUGAUCCGCGGGUCAACUUUCCGCUUCUUUGCUCGCUCUCAACCGUUCCCCAUAUUGGAGAGGCGACGCUUCGCAAGGCUGUUUCGCUGGCAACUGAACACGAGGUGCCUGUGUUCGAAUAUCUGCAUGACUCCGAAUACGAAAAACCGAGAAAAUUAGACAUGCUACCGCAUUAUGUGAACUAUAUUGCCAAAUGCAGGAGUAAAUUGGACCAGAACGACCCUGACCAGAUCUUGAUAACGCUUCUGAGGAUGGGAAAAGAGCUAGGGUUCGAUAAAGUCCUGAGCGCGGACGGGUUCACUAAAGACCAGCUGCUGGAGUACAGGCUCCAUUUCGACACAAUCUACAACACUUUACAACGGGCAAAAGUACAGAAACCACCAGAGCAUACAGUUCUCUCCUAUUUCAUGGAAAAUUACAACAACGAUACUCUGGUGACCAGCAAUAGCAUCAAGACUUCUAAUGACAAUGAAGUCAAUUUUUCCACCAUCCACACCGCCAAGGGCCUUGAAUUCCCCAUCGUUUUCAUACUUUCGGGAAACAACUACCGUCUCAACGAUACUCAGCGCAGGGUUCUCUAUGUCGGAAUGACCAGGGCUUCAUCGUUACUAUAUUUCAAUAAACUUACCAACCAGUUUGUGGAUGGUCUAGAUCAUACAUCAAAACCGCUGUUUUCCACACGGGCUCCCAAUUGGACCUCCGAGUCAGACGCCGUCCACUCACCAAAGUGCAUCAAUUGGCAUCCAAACUAGCGCAUGCGACACUCUAGUAUACAUUGCUAUUUUUUAACUGUUUGCUGCGUCAAUAUGUGUUUUAUUUUAGCCUCAAAGGGCCCGCUUCGAAGAAAUUCGAUGUCCACAUCCUCGACACCCUCAGCAAGUUCAGCAAGCAAUGGGUACAUUUUUGCAGCUCCUUUGGCCAAAACCAAUACCUCUAUUGGUUUUUUCAGACCCAGGACUUUCUGUAAUUUCUGGUGUGUAUUUUUUGGUAGUUGAAUCAGCUUCACAUUCGCAUAUGCACUUAAAAUAGGGAAGUGUUGGAAAAGUAGCGGUGUUGUCAUAUCCAGCUUGCACACAAAGAGAUAUCUAAGAGUGUGGUCGCUGUUCAAGACAAGUUUCAUAGACUGGAUCUUUUUUGACUGCUCUUCAAGAGCUUUCAUGCAGCUGUUGAACCCAUAAAUGACAUACUCGCUAAUGGACGGCUUCUCCAACCCAGAGGAAUUUUUCUCCGCCUGCGAUAGCCUGUUGAAAGUGCCUAUCUCCUCGAGGAUCGAACACAGCAGAUCGACCAGAUUGUUUUGUAAUUCGACACUCACAGUCGGCCACAGGUUACGGCGGGAAUACGGACUAGCCAGAACUGCCUUGAAGACCUCACGUUUCUUCUUCUCGGCCUGUUUCAGUGAGUUGGUGGCCGGCUUACUAGGCUUUUGGACUCUAUCUUGGUUGUUC